AUGGCCAAAGCUAAAUAUUUGGGUAAGCGAAAGCUGGAAGAUGAUUUGGGGACCAAACCCACUCUCAAGAAACAAAAGAAAAAAUCCAAGAACAAGGACACAACCAAAGAAUCUGCUGAUAGUCUCAAGCAGGUUGAGUUGUUAGAGCCAAAGUCUGAUCAGGCUAAUGUGAUCUCAGCGAAGGAAGCUGCCGUAGGAAAAAAGACUCUCUUCGUUGACAAUCUCCCUUGCGAAACUAAAAUACCAAAUAUCAUCGAUUUCUUUAAAAAUGUUGGACAAGUUGUUCGUGUUCGACUUCUUUUAGACUACAAUUUUAAGCUUGCGCUGGAAAAGAAGAACGGUGAAUAUUUGCAAGAUAAUAAGAUUGUUCUUGAUGUGGCUGAUAUUGUUCUUGAUGUGGCUGAUAAGGGAGCUACAUACCUUCCACCCAAGUAUUGCAUAGAUCACAAGGUUUGGUAUGAAGAAGACCUUCGACGAGAAAGCCUUCCGAUAGAAGAAGAAGAUGAGACACCCAAUUUUGUUGAGGAAGUACUCUUUGUUGCCAAUCUCUCUCCCCAAACUAAAGUAUCAGAUAUUUCCGAUUUCUUUAAUUAUGUUGGAGGAGUUGUUAGUGUUCGACUUAUUGUAAACAACGAGGGUAAGCAUGUCGGCUAUGGAUUUGUUGAGUUUGCUUCUGCUAAAGAAGCAAAGAAGGCGCUGGAAAAGAAGAAUGGUGAAUAUUUACACGAUCGUAAGAUUUUUCUUAACGUGUCUAAGACAGCUCCAUACCCUCCACGACCCAAGUACAACUUUGCAGAGAAGCUUUGUUAUGAAGACUACCUUCGACGAGGAAGCCUUCUGACAGAAGAAGAUGGGGCAAUGAAAAGACUAUAUGAAACUCCCGAUUUUGUUGAGGAUGGUGGUGGCGGGAAUCGCAUGGUCGUCUCGUACGAGCGUCGCAUUGCCGAGCUGGAGAAGCAACUUGCUGAUUCUCGUACCUCUGAACCAUCGAGGAGAUCGGCUGAGGAGCUUCGUCAGGAUCUCGAUAAAGAGCGAGGGAUUUCUGCUGUUCUCACGAAGCAAACUGCCGGUUUCAGGAAGCAAGUGGCCGAUCUCAAGGCUUCUCUUGACGCUUCCCCCUCUCGUCUUGAGCAGUUCGAGGUUGAUCACGCGUUUCAGAAGGCGCAAUUGCAGCAGCUGCAAGCGGAGCGGCAUGGCAUCAAUGUCGAGGUUGCCGACUACAUGUCUCGUAUUGAGAGGAUGAGGAGGCAUAUUAUUGACAACAGAGCGGCGCAGGAGUCUCUUCUGACUUUGAGCCAGGUGAGCGGCACCUAUGAUUGUCUUCAGGAGCUGGUGAAGAGUGGUACGGUCAUUCCGUCGAAGACUUUGCUCGGCUUGGAGGCUGACGUGAAGAUGUGGGAGGACAAGGUUCUUGGUUUCGAUAUCGCCGAUGUUUUAGACAGCGACCUCGAGGCUUUUCCAGAGACCGCGAUCGUUCCUACGAACCUUCAGGCGGCGGAGGUUCCCGUAGUUGCAAGAGAGGAGGUCGUCAUGGCAGGGGCACCUGCGGGCUCGGGCGCUCAGGUUGCUGCCGAGCAGUGACUUGCUUUUGUCUUGUUUUAUUAGAACCUAUUCCCGCUGUGUAGCGGAUGUUGAGCCGUUUAGGCGAUGUAUUUUCUUUUUGGGACCUUGCAUUAUCGUUGGAUUGACCGGAUAUUGAGCCGUUUAGGCGUUGUACUUUUCCUUUUUGGAACUUUGCUAUGUUUUAUCCUCUCGUUUUUUGACA